UUCAGGACCAGCUUUUGUGAAGGAGAGACGCGAUGAAUUUCCUCGGGUGUCUGGUCGUUCUUUUGGCAUCCACUGUGCCUUCGACGAAGACUGAUGUACUACGAGAUUACAGAACGCUAGAGCGUCGCUGCCCGGCCCCCUUCUUCGCCGUGGGUCCCGAAUGCUUCUACGUGAACAGAGCCAACAAGACGUGGCCAAUGGGGAGAGCCACGUGCCAGAGGAUAGGGGGUGACCUAGCCGAGCCUCUGGACAUCUACGUCUUCUUAGAAGCCAUUCGAGACAGAUAUGAUUCCUGGCGCGAGAAAUACUUCUGGGUUGGAGGAGAAACCUUCAGCAAAGGCAGCGACAGUUCCCAAUGGACGUGGUUCUCAGGACGACCCGUGACCGCAUGGAACACGGACCAGGUCAUUGGUCGAGAGGGAGAGGAUUGCUUGAUGUUUGGGCUGAAGGACGACCUCCCGAUGUACGACUAUUUCUGCAACGAGACCAGUCCUUUCAUUUGCGAAAUUUGAGCGGGAAUAUUUCACGGGAGUCUCUUAGUCAAGGAGGGUUCUGUGUGUUGUGGUGAAACUUCCAGGAAAGCAAUCCUGGGGUAAUGUAAAGAAACUAUCAUUAACAUUCUUAAAUAGAUUCGAAACUCUAGGGGGGGGGGGUAGAAAAACAAGAAACUAUGAAGAAAAUAACUUUAAAAAAUUGUCUAAUGUAUUUCAUAUAAUGUUGCGGCCUGUUUCAAAGAACAAGAUGAUCGAGGAUUUCGAAUGUUGUAUCAUAUUUAGUAGAAUAGUUUAUCACUGAAACUUCCCUACUUGAUAUAAUUUCUCUUGAAUUAUUAAUCCUCCAUGAAAAAGAUAAUACUAUAAUAAAAUCAUAGUACCAUCCAUGUCAAAAGAAAUGG